CCCACCCCCCAAUCCUCACCAUUCCUUAUCCCCACCCCCUUCUCCUACCUCUCUAUUCCGAUUCCCAUUCUCAUUUGCAAAUUGCAAUCCAGCAGCAGCAUCUACAUCUUCGUCUUCGUCUUCGUCUUCGUCUUCAUCUACAGUUUGUGAGACAGACGCGGCCUCGCAACAAACAAAGAACACAGCUGAAUUCCGAUACACGCACACAGAGGUUGAUAAUGGCAGCAGCAGCAGCCCGUAUGUUGUUGCCCUCAACUACUUUUGCCCUUCUUCCCCUUCCCAAAGAGGCCAGCCCGAUCAAAGACGCGUCGUCGUCGUCAUCAUCCCUGUUUGGAGCUCCAUUGCCUUUGCCACCUACCACUCUCAAACCAGCUCAAUUCGCCCUCCCCCAUUGCACCUUCUACUACAGGGGGUUGAGGAAAAAGCGGCAGCAGCAGCAGCAUUCACUACUUGCCUUACCACCACCAAUUAAGGCGCAGCAGACAGCGGCCACAACUCCCCCGGCCACGACCCAACAACCACCACCACCUUCCGACAAGAAAACCCUCCUCCGCAAGAGCAAUGUAAUCAUCACUGGAGCCUCCUCGGGUCUCGGCCUCGCCACUGCCAAGGCUCUCGCCGACACCGGAAAGUGGCACGUCACCAUGGCCUGCCGCAACUUCCUCAAGGCCGAGAGGGCUGCCAAAUCCGCGGGGAUUACAAAAGACAGCUACACGGUGAUGCAUCUGGACCUGGCCUCCCUGGAGAGCGUCCGCCAGUUCGCCGAUGCAUUCAGGCGGUCGGAGAAGCCCCUCGAUGUCCUGGUCUGCAAUGCCGCCGUGUAUCUCCCAACUGCAAAGCAGCCUACGUUUACGGCUGAUGGCUUCGAGCUGAGUGUUGGGACCAACCACCUGGGCCAUUUCCUUCUUGCGCGCCUCUUGCUGGAUGACAUGAAGCAGUCCGACCACCCAUUCAAGCGACUCAUAAUCGUCGGCUCCAUAACAGGGAACACCAACACAUUGGCCGGCAAUGUGCCGCCAAAGGCAAACCUGGGCGACCUGCGUGGGCUGGUGGGGGGGCUCAAUGGGGUGGGGAGCUCACCCUCACCCAUGAUCGACGGGGGUGAGUUUGAUGGAGCAAAGGCAUACAAGGACAGCAAGGUAUGCAACAUGCUGACGAUGCAGGAAUUCCACCGGCGAUACCACCAAGACACCGGGAUCACAUUCUCGUCCCUCUACCCAGGCUGCAUUGCGGAGACGGGGCUGUUCCGAGAGCACAUCCCGCUCUUCCGCCUCCUCUUCCCGCCCUUCCAGAAGUACAUCACCAAGGGGUACGUCUCCGAGGAAGAAGCCGGGAAACGCCUGGCGCAGGUGGUGAGCGAGCCCACCCUGUCCAAGUCGGGGGUGUACUGGAGCUGGAACAACGCCUCCUCCUCCUUCGAGAACCAGCUGUCCAAAGAGGCGAGUGACCCGGACAAGGCGCGCAAGCUGUGGGAGAUCAGUGAAAAGCUCGUUGGGUUAGCUUAAUUUAAAAAUUAGCUUACCUUACCUGCUUCAAGCAAAACAAGAUGUAGAUACCAUACCAUACCAUCCCAUCCCAUCCCAUACUACUUUGGUUGCUACUUGUAGAUUAUCAUUAUAUUAUUGGAUGAUGGGAAGGGAAGUGAUGUUAAUGAAUGAAAAGUUGUUGGUUA